CUCCACUCCAAAAUCCUUCCUUUUUUUUUUCCUUCUUGUCUUCCUUCCUCCAAGAUAAUGUUCUUAAAGUAGUUGGUUUUGAUUUCCAGAGAUUCUUCCCUUGUGCAACGAAAAGGUCUCAUCUUUCCUCGAUUCCGAGCCCCAGAAAUUCGAAUCUGCAAGAAAGAAAGCAGAAAUGAUCGAUUUCGAUAAAAGAUCGAAGCCGAAAUCCUUCUCCCAAUAGUCUUUGUCGCCAAAGCUCUCGGUGGUUCUCGGAAUGGAAGCAAUUGAUCGGAUUACAAGAAGAAUAGCGACAAAAGAAUCCAUUUUUGGUGCGCAAGUAGAGGGUGAAGCGAGGAGUCUCCGUUGCCCGAGAUUCCGGUUUUGGUUCUGCCCCCCAAACCGCCCUCCGGGUUCGUGAGUUACGAAAAGAAAGUUUGGAUCUUUGCGUGUUUUGCUUCUUCAAGCUCUUGUUGGUCUUUCAAUCUGGCCUUCUCUCUAACGUUGUUUCAGUAGAUGGGUUCUGUUCCUGUUAGGGACGUGAGGGAUUUUGAAGGGUUCUCUGGUGGUUUUGGGUCGGGAUUCGGGCCUACUUUAGCAUCGUCAUCUUCGUUGGAGUUGGAUAGCGAUGGUAGGGAGCUUGUGAAGGUGUCGAGGUUAGGGAAGAUGAAAGGGGGAGUUGGGGUCUCGGAUGCGAAGGGAGUGAUGGCGCUGAAAAGCCAUUGCGAGGCGGAAAGGCGCCGGAGGGAGAGAAUUAAUAGGCAUCUGGCCACGCUCAGGAGCAUGGUCCCAUCCACCGAGAAGUUGGACAAAGCUGCACUGCUUGCUGAAGUGAUCAAUCACAUGAAGGAACUCAAGACGAAUGCUGUUGAAAUAAGCAAAUGUUACUCCAUUCCCUCGGAUAUCGAUGAAGUAAGGGUCGAAGUUGAAGAUGUAAUGAAGGACGGCAACUUUCUAGUCAAGGCAUCACUAUGUUGUGAGGAUCGACCAGAGCUUUUUGCAGAUCUGAGACUUACGCUCCAGAGUCUACAGCUGAAGACGGUUAGGGCUGAGAUUUCAACUUUGGGUGGUCGAAUAAAAAAUGUACUUGUGAUGACAUCUGACAGAAAUUAUAACAAUGCGGAGAGACAACUUUGCAUGACCUCCAUUCGCCAGGCCCUCAAGUCCAUACUUGAUAGUGUCAAUUCACAAGCGGACUUUCUGCCAAGACCCUCAUUCUCCAACAAAAGACGUAGGAUCUCGCUGUUCGAGUCUUCAAGCUCCUUGUCUUGAGAAAUCAAUCCAACUUCAACGAGUAUAGCAAAACAACACAUGCAACUGGUAUGGUGCUGCUGCUAGAGUUUCUCCUAUAUCUUCAUGCUGUUGCAACACAUCUCUGCAGAUGUACCUUGAUAAGAAUCUCACAAGGAUUUUUAUGGAAAGCUUGUUGCAGCAGGUUUUCAAACGCUGCAUCUGGUGAACCUCCUCCUAGAAGCUUAUUGAAACUGCUGUAUUGAUGUGAGAUCUUAUACUUCCAUGUAUGUCAGGAUGUUCUUGUAUAUAAUUUGGCAAUACAUGAAAACUUUGUUGUGAU